AUCUGUAAUUGGUUGUAUAACUGAAGGCUAUGGAAGAACAUGUCAGUCCACUGGCUGCUACACAUAUUCUUCAACACACACUGAGAAGCCUGUGCAUUCAUCAAAAUUCUCAGUGGGUAUAUGCAGUCUUCUGGAGGAUCUUGCCUAGAAACUACCCACCACCCAAAUGGGAGUGGGAAGGUCAAGGGACUUAUGACAGAUCAAGAGGAAACAGAAGGAACUGGAUAUUGGCGUGGGAAGAUGGUUUCUGCAAUUUUGCAGCUUCAUCAUCUGUUUAUAAUGGGAAUUACUAUCAAGGGUUGCAACCUGAGCUGUUCUUCAAGAUGUCGCAUGAGAUCUAUAACUAUGGAGAAGGGUUGAUAGGAAAAGUUGCUGCAGAACGCAGCCACAAGUGGAUAUACAGCGAACCUACUCAAGAUCAAGAAAUCAACUUGGCCUCCGCGUCUGCAGAAUCGUAUCCAAGGACUUGGGAAGCCCAGUUCCAGUGUGGUAUAACGACCAUAGCACUGAUUAGUGUGACAGAAGGUGUUAUACAACUGGGAGCAGUUCAGAAGGUGAUAGAAGACCUGAACUACGUGGUCCAAUUAAGGAGAAUGUUGAGUUACAUAGAGAGCAUCCCAGGAGUGCUAUUACCACACCCAUCAUCAUCGUCUUCGUCUUCUUUUUCUCAUGGAUUGGGUUGUGGAGUUUCAGAUCAACAAUGGCCAGGGCCUGAACUUCUCUAUGACCCAUACUUGAAUUCAAGUCCUUCAAUGAAAAGCCUUGAGGCCUUACUGUCUAAACUACCUUCAGUGGUGCCGCCGCCGCCGCCACGGCCACCACUUCCGCCACAGUCAGAGUCUCUGUUUUUUGAUCAUCUCAGGUGA